CUCGAGUCUCGAACCUUCUCUCUCUCCCUCUCUCUCUCUGUGUCUCUCUCUCUCUCCACCUUCGCCCAUGGCCGCUACAGCCGCAGCUCCGGCGUCGCCCAUCGAGGUCUGCGUCAAAGCCGCCACGGGCGACCCCGAAACCCUAGGCGAUUGUCCUUUUAGCCAGAGGGUUCUUCUCACGCUCGAGGAGAAGAAGAUCCCCUACGAGUUGAAGCUUAUCGACCUCGAUAACAAGCCCGAGUGGUUUCUGAAGAUAAGCCCCGAGGGGAAGGUUCCUGUGUUCAAUGGCGGUCAUGGGAAGUGGAUUUUCGAUUCCGAUGUGGUCACGCGGACCAUCGAGGAGAAGUACCCCGAGCCUUCGCUUGUCACGCCUCCGGAGUACUCGUCAGUGGGAUCAAAAUUAUUUCCUUCCUUUGUGAAGUUCUUGACAAGCAAGGAUCCUAAUGAUGGGUCAGAGCAGGCACUACUCGAUGAGCUGCGUUCAUUGGAUGAGCAUCUGAAGGAACAUGGUCCAUUUGUUAACGGUGAGAAGAUAUCUGCUGUUGAUCUUAGCCUGGCACCUAAGCUAUUCCAUCUUCAGGUUGCUCUUGAUCAUUUUAAAGGCUGGAAGAUCCCUGAGAAUCUGACCUAUGUUCACUCUUAUAUGAAGCUGCUUUUCAAUCGCGAGUCUUUCAUCAAGACGAAACCCUCCAAGGAGCAUGUCAUCGCUGGGUGGGCGCCGAAGGUGAAUGCAUGAAGCGCUUCCUAUCCUUAGUCAGUGAUCGUUCUGCAAUAGUAAAACAUCUGCUGGUUUGAAAUCACGUGUUCGAACUGCAAACUUGUUCAGCUAUCGCUGCAAACCUUGUUAUCACUGACUAUUUGCACUUGGGUUUUCUGUAACUACUUGUAUCAGUAAAAUUAGGGGUUUCUCAGU